CUAUUGCAGUCACGAAACUUUGUCAUCCACUACAUUCAUCUGCUUUGCUUUAUAUCUACUCUUACUUGCUUUUAACUUGCUCGCAUCAGUCUCUUAUCAACCAUGAAUUUUAAUGUCAACGAUAAUCCUCUUCUCGUCGCUCCCCGUCCCGUUCGCAUCACCACCCACCUUGCUCGUUCUACACAUUUCAAACUUGUCGCUUCUCAAGUUGAUCAUGUAAAGCUGUCCGAAGACGCUGAAAACGUCGACGAGUACAAACAGCCCGCCCGUAUCGACUCGGUUUCGUCCGAUAAGGAUCUCUCCUCUCCGCGUGCAUCACCUCGGUCCAGCCUUCCAUCAGAAGCGCUUGAAGAGUUCCUGUCAAUCUGCAUGGGCUGGAAAUGCCCAUCAUCUCCUGUAUUGCGAUCACGUCGUAACGGUACCAUGCCGUUGCCCACAUUUGGCCUCCCUUACAGGUCUAGGAGCAGAGUAGAUUUUAUUCACACCAAGGGUGACAUCUCCAGCAUCACACUCACCGAAGAGAGUGAAUGGGUCCCUCGCACACGAUCUCCUCAAACCCUUUAUGAGCGAGACGAGCUUGAGAACCUUGACAUUCAAGACCUCGACACCCAAAGGUGGAACGUAGCCCACACUCUCUCAUCUCCAAUAUCUCGUGCGCGCAAUCCAUUUUUACGCCACCCUUCUUAUGACAUCGCCCUUUCUGGCAUCUCGAAUUUUUCCCAAUCAUCCCCUCCGAUCACUUCGGCAACGGCAACGCCUAUGUCUCCUGCGACUGUCCCUCUUCCUGUUCCAACCCCUGAUGAGUUGGUCAAGGUUUACUGAAUCCUGCCCUCUAUCGCAGUAAUCCUCGUCUCGUCGUCCUGUCGUUACUCCGUUAUAUAUGCUUUAGACCAGUUCUCCGAUUACAUUAAAGAUACCACUUUUGAUUUGUUGGUCUACUCUUCCAUCGCACUACUACUCUAUCUUGUUUCACCACAUACUUAUAUUCCACAUCGAUGCCCCCUCUAGUUCUUUCGCUUUGCCUACGUUCAUUACCAUGUUAUUUAUACAUCACGAAGGAUCAUUUCCAAGUUUGUCUUCACUUGCUUUUCAUGUGUUACCCGGUGUGCGUCAGUCCUUCUAGGAAGGAACUCUCAGCACAAUCGCAUUGUAUACUACUCGAAUUCCCGUUGAUUUCUGUAUCAGAGAGUUCGCUAGAAAAAAAAAGUCUUGUUGUCUAUCA